ACCGUCCAUCCCACCGGCCUCGCCUAAUCUGGUCUAAGAGGAGGAGCUGAGUCAUCCAAUCGAGGCAAGACUUGGGGAAAGGUGAGCCGCCUUGCCUUGCAACAAGAAUGAGGGUUUGACGCUGACUGCGUGUUGUGUGUGGUGCGGCCUUGGAAAAAAUCCCCCAUGAUGAGACGCAGAAAUCAAACCUUGUUCGGAUGACAGAUGGGAAACCGUCUCCAAAUUCCAGCUUUUGGGUUUCGUCUAGAGAAAAAGAGAAAUCCCAUCUGUUGUUUUUUUCUUCUUUCUUUUUGCUUUUCUCUCUUUUCUCUCUCUUUGUACAUAAACGUUGGAAGCUAACGACCCCUCCUUUGGUGGUAUAGGAGUACCUAAGCUAAUUGGGGUACCUACCUAUUCUUUUUUUUUUGUUUCAGGUGGGACGGAAAGAAAAAGAAACAAAACAAAACAAAACAAAAAAAAAGGUAUCUUUUCCCAGAGAUGCCUUAUACGUGCGAAGUCGAAGGUUGCGGUCGCGUUUAUCAGCGCAAGGAGCAUCUAAACAGGCACAAGAAGGACCACGACGAGGUCAAGUCGUUUGAGUGCCCAGCAUGCGGAGCCAAAUUCUCGAGAGGUGACACGCUCCGUCGUCACAUGAACCUUCAUGGCCCUCGCGCCGAAGGUCCGCUACCAGCCCGUGUGGCCAAGGCCUGCGUCAACUGCCACAAGUCAAAGACGCGCUGCGACGGCAGGGAACCCACCUGCUCCCCGUGCGCCGACAAGGGACGAGAGUGCGCAUACCCAAAGCGAGAUGGCGGUGGCAGCAGCGGCGGCGGCGGAGAUAAUGACGCCCGGAGGGUAUCUCCGCCAACUUCUCACCCUGUCGAGCAGGUCAAUGUCGUCCAAGAUGCCGUCUUGACCAUGGAAUCCAUGGACGUCGACGUCAGUAUGGAUGCGAUGGUGCCAUCCCUACCCAUCAUGGAUAUGGACAUGGACAUGGCCGCAAAUACAAGCAGCGACCCGUCAGUCCAAAUAGCAGACCAGCAACACAUGGCCUCCAUGGCAGGCUACCCACAGUUCAUCCCACUCCCGCCCGAUCUCGAAACACAAAUGCAGCCACCAUUAGCGGCCCCGACGCCGCCACCACCACCAAAUGCGCUGCAGGACCUACGGAACCAGCAGCUGGCCGAAACAUAUUUCACCGUAUUCCAUCCACACUGGCCCAUCAUCCACCGAGGCACCUUUAUGAGCAACCAGCAGCCCGAACUGCUCACCCGCGCCGUCAUGAUCAUCGGCCUGUUUUUCCAGGGCUCUGCCGAGGCGCGCGCCCUUGCUGUGCAGCACCACAGGAAGCUGCUGAAAGAGGCCCAGGACAAAGUCGUCAUCCUCUCCAAAAAGACCCGCCAAAGCUUCCUCUCCUCCCCCUCAGCCGCCCUCCUCCCGCACCUGCAGGGCAUCCUGCUCGCCAUGAUCCUACCGACCUACCUCCGGGACCGGACCAUCGACGUGACGCUGGCCAUGAGCCCCGUGCUGACGACGGUGCUGGCGGCGUGCGGCGCCCACGACCAGCGCCGCAUCGACGCCGCCAACCCGCUCGACCGCGACAGCACCGCGCCCUGGCUGAUGCGCGAGUCGUACCAGCGCCUGGCCCUGCUGCACUACAAGCUGCACCUGUUCGCGUCCGCCGUCUUUGUCAGCAUCAUCCCCUGGAACCGCAUCGACCGCUCCCUGACCCCCGAAAUGCUGCACGUCCGCACCCCCUUCAGCCGGCACUGGUGGGAGAAGCUGCCCGUGACUUGGGAUCCGUCCGCCGUGCCGCCGUUCGCGGAUGGUGGCGGCGGCGGUGGUGGUGGUGGUGGUGAUGGGCAGGGGCAGCAAGGGCGAGAUGACGAUUCGUUUGUGCUCGUCAGCGCCAUCGCCAACAGGGCCAGGGCGGCAGGCACCACCGAGGGUCUGUUGCCGCUGUUUGCGUGGGAUAGAGAUUUUGCCUUGGCGAUGGGUUGCUGGUGUACGAAGCCCGAGGCCGAGAGGGAUGAUCAUUUCGUGGCGAGGUUGAGGCCGUACCUGGUCAAUACUUUAAAAAUUAGCGGCGAUGAAAUCAUGUUAUCUCUCGGAGCCUAGCGAAUAUAUGUCGUAUGCCCCAUACAAGCGCUGAACAUGAUGAUGACUCGGGAGAUGUUUCCAUGCUGACCAUGUCUGAACAAUAGCAUCAGGGUGUAGUAUGGGCGUUAUAACAAUCUUGUGUUUGAUAGUAGAAAUUGAAAUCCUCCUCGCUUCAUUUCUAAAUACGAAACUCAUCAUAGAGAAAAGCAAGCACAUACCAACAACAGAUAUUUAAGGUCAAAGUAAAAAUAGCAACCAAUGAAGAAUGUCAUAACUGGCCAAGAUUAUUAUCCAAACAUGUAGUUGAACAUGAUAUUUAUCCUCUUCUCAACUCCGCAAUCCAAAGAAAAUAA